AUGAAAGAGAUUGAUGAUACUGAAUUAAAUUCGAUAAGGUACUUAUUAGGGAUAUUGAGAUCAACAAGAAUAAAGGGAACUGUAAAUAAUGGUGAUGAAAAAUUGAAUCAAGCUUUGUUGAAUAAUGUAGUGUACUAUACUGCCAGGAUCCGCUCGAUUGGAUUGUUGAAUGAGAUGGUAGAUGGUAUAUUCAAUAGUCAAUAUUGGAAUAAUUAUGAUCUUCUGGAGUUACAAGAAAUGGUCAAAGGUAUAUUUCAAUGGAAAUUAGAGAUAUCUGAACCUGUGGUGCCAAUAGAUACAUUUUGUGCUAUUUGGAAUAGUUAUAUUGUGGGCUGUAAGAGUUGGUCUGUUUAUAAGAUUGCUAUUGUUGCUGGUGCUUUGGAUACUCAGGAUAAAUUUGAAUCUUUGCAGUCAUCGAUAUUUGUCGAUGACUCAGGAAGUGUAAGAAACCUUUAUGAAACGUGGAGAUCAAAGUAUUAUAUUCCAAUAUGGAAUGAUUUCAUUCGUAUGUAUACUGGUAACGGGAACGAUCUUGUAAGAAAACUAAUGUUAUCCUAUAGUGCGAUUAGUAGAGAAUCGGACAAUAAUUUUGGGGUAUUGCCUUGGCAGAACAUUACCAUAGCUUUGACAAAUUUAUCGUCAGAUUAUAUUACAUCUAAAGGGAUCAAAGAAUCUCAGUUCAUGUCAAGAAAUAUGAAUAAAGUAGCAAAAACAUUGCUAUUAUCUAUUCCACAUUGUUCCGAACAAUUAACUUCAACUAUACUAGCUAAAUUCUGCAAAAUGUGCUAUGAUUUAUCAACAGUAGAAAGCAACAACAGUGGUUCUUGGGGCAAUGAUUACUCUGAUAGACACUAUGUGAAUAUUCUGCUAACAAUUGUUCUUUCUCUCAAAGGGAUUCUUGAAAGCAGAAAUACUAUCCCAGUUCAAUGGUAUCAUCAGGUAAUCACCUGCCUAUAUUUUAUCCAUUUCAUAGUCAAAGAUUUCGGUAUUUCAGGAUUUGAAUCUUAUAAUUAUGUGUUGAAUGUGUCAGUCACAGGUAUCAAGAUGGCUGCGGAAAAAAAUCCCAAGAUUUAUAUGGAUUUGGUGUGUUUAAUGAGAUCUAAUAUAUGGGGUGAUCCGAAGUCAGGAAAUAAAAUAAGUAUUUCAAAAUUACUUUUCUUAUUAACAUUUUUAGAAUCUACCAUUAGUCAAUUCAAAGGGAUCGAUAUGCACUUCAUUGAGACUAUUGUUCAACCACUAAUCGAUGAGUUUAUAAGGUCUUCAAAUAAUGAUAUUAAGGAAUCUAUCCAUUGGAUGAUUCUUUCAGCACUGAACACAAAACUUUACGAUUGGCAAAUCAAAUUAAUCCCACAGUAUCUGGAUGCAAGUUUUACAGCAUUCAUUGAUGGUGAACUUUUACCAAAUCAAAUAAUUUUGAUCGCUCAAACAGUUUCAGGGAGAAUUCAGCACUUGAGUCAGUUGAAGGAAUCGAUGCCAUCCGAAACAUGUAACUAUAUUUACUCUAAAAUCCAAACCCCAGGGCUACCAAAUGAAACAAAGAAGACACUGAUAGAAUGUUUAAUAUUCAUGUCAGCUUCUAUUUCAAACGGCAAUAUACUAGAAUGGUUAGAAAAAUGUAGCGAUUUGAUCUUAACUUCAAAUUUCGAUAAAACUGCAAACCAUGAGCUCAUCUCUACAAUGUGGACUCUAGUCACAACUAUGAGAUCCAAAGUGGCUCUUAAAUUUUGGUAUGAUAAAUUACCACAAUUGCAAAGCAAACUAUAA